GUGAAUUUGCUCAAUGGUCUUAAAGAGUCCACAUAUGACAUGCUAGACGCUACAAGGACAAAUGUUGUUGAGAAUAUUAGAACCGAAAAUAGAAAACACAAUGUGAUCCAAGAGGAUGCUGAAAACAAUCCGUUUCUUGUGUCAAAGCGUGCAAAAUCGGAUAAGGAAUCACCCAAAUCUGAUGAAAAUAAGGAAGAUGAGGAUGACAAAAAGAUAAACAAAAACCAAUGCUGUUUUAUUUUGUGGGACCAGCAGAUAUAG